AUGGCGACGAGUAGCCGUGCCGUUGGCCAAGUCGGCCCCGACGACGACGACGACGUCGACCUCGCAUCGGACGACGAGAGCGGCGACUCGCCCAUCGAGGCAGCCGACAAUGACGCACCGUUGUCAUCGGCGCGCCACAGUGUCAUCUCGGACGUCGACUCGAUCGCCGCAAUGACGGUAAAUGCGCUCCAGAUCCCCGAUACGUCGGCCGCCCGCCGUCGCCAGCAGCGCCAGCGAAAGAAGCGGACAUCGGCCCAAGUCCGGCGAAUCAUGGGGUGGUAUCCCGCACCUGCGAUUGAGCGCACGAUCGCAUCCGAGCAGGCCAAGGUCGAGUCCCUUCGUGACACAAUAUUCCAGUCCAAAUCCGCCGAGCUCCAGCAGCUCGUGGCUCGAUUGAACGGUCGUGCCAAAGUUAACGACGACGACGGCGACGACGACGACGACGAUGACAUUCGUGGACACAUUGCUCGCGAUCCCGCCGACGACCAGCCCGAGGCACGUCGUGGCUCGGGCCAAAUCCCAUUGGCAUCGAGCAAGAACAACCAAAACACGGACCAGCUGCUCGAGCUGGCACGCACGGUGACGGCAUUAGAGCGCCACGUCACGGCGGUGGAGCGCGCAUAUCGUGGCGAGCACGUCUAUUCGAGCGCGUCCACGGUGCAAUUCUCGCUGCCGAGUGCUGGCGCCUUCAACUUUAGCCCGGGCACUGCCGUGCCGACGUCGCUGGGGUCCGAGCCACCGACGCCGAAUAUGCCACCCGCCGAGGUGCACCGCGUGUUUUCAAGAAAACUCGUCGACCUCUACGACAGCGUCGAUGCGAUCCACGUGCCCGACGACGACAAGACCGAGCGAGAUCGCUUCCUGGAGCGUCACCGCCUUGCAAUGCGCGGCCAUGCCAGUGCUCGGGUGCUCCAGGCCACGUUCCGCAUGUACCGGUGUCGCCGCAAGUUUCUAAAAUGGCGGCAACGUCGGCGACGCAAGCUCGCGGGCGCGUUACAUGCGUGGCGGCAUCUACGCCAACUCGAGGGAUUCGGCCGGCGGAAUGCGUGUCGGCGCGUCUUCCGCGAGUGGGCGGACGAAGUUGAGUGCGCCCUCAAGCUGCGCAUGAUUGAGCUCCGGCUACUGCAGCAAAGCUCGACCAAGGUCGCGACCGUCUCGAAUCUGGUCAAGAAUCUCUUUUUGACGACGACCGACGAUUUCACGACACCGCCUUUGUAUCGCAAGGGGCCCGACUACAGCUACGUGUUUGUCAACGAAGCGUUUGCCGCCGUCCAAGACAAGUCGAAAGACGCGGUGGCGGUGGGUCGCAUUGCGGCGAUCCGCGCCGAGAUGCGCGCGGCGCGCGAGACAGUCGCCAAGCAGUUUGUGCAUACUCUCUUUCUGAAAUGGAAGGCGUACCACGAGCAGCACAAACGUACGAGCGUCAACGCGCAGCUGUCUCUCCGCCGCGCGAUGCGCAUCGCGUUCCUUCGUCGGCCCAAAUGGCUCGGCGAGCGUGUUCAAGUCGUGUUUGAAAUGUGGGCCCGUUAUACCCUCUUCCAAAAACACAAGCGCGCGUGCAUGCCGGUGCCCCGGUUUCCGACGCCGUUGGCGCAAUGGGACCUCUGGGUCGCCGAGUACAAGGCCCGGCAACUGCGCAAGCUCGAGGCCCAGGCUCGGAGCCCGCUCAUGUGGAUGACGCGCUACUAUCGCCUCUUGCGCGCCUACUGCAACUUGUCCAAAUCGAAAAAAGCCGAGAACCGACGCGCGCGUGCGUACUGCAGUCGUCGGCACCUCGGCAUCGUCUUUGCCAAGUGGCGUACGCUCACAUUGCUCAACCUCGAGACGCGCGGGUCGAUCAAGAAGGCGCUGUAUGCGUGGCAGACGUACACGGCGAUGCGCGCCGACUGCCGCGUGCCGAAGCGCAAGAUCCAGCUCCGCACCCGGGACGCCCGCGUGCACAAGGCGUGGGAAGGCUGGAAAGAAACAAAGUCGCGACGCAGCGUGUUAUCGCUGGACCGACGCAUGCGCUUGCUGCAGCCAAGCAUGUACCCACGCGCGCUCACUGCUCUCUACCACUGGGCAAACAUCACGUCCCGAGAGACCAAAGCGCAUCUCUUUCAUCGCUGGGCGAGCCGCGUGUACCGACGAAAAGCCCUUGUCAAACUAUGGACCGAGGCGACGCGCUUGCAUGGGCGCGUGCUUCUCCAAGCGACCUUUACAGCGUGGCGCCGGCAUUUGGCAGGGACAUCCGCCGCCGAUCAGCAUCUCAGCGCCGACCCCGUUGCGAUCGAUGCACUUCUCGAGUCGGCGCUGCCGUUUAUGUUUCUCUCGGACGCCUUCGACAGCAGCCUUGGCGAUACGUCCUCGGACGUUGGCCUCUCGGAGCUCCACGCGUUUCAGGUUCUCGUUCGGAAUGGGCAAGCGGCCGAGAUGGAGGCCUUGCUGCUCGAGCACCCGCGCUUGGCGUCCGCGCGCGAGCCCGUGCUUGGCAACAAUGCAUUGCACGUCGCGGCGCAGGGUCCGCCAAAGCACAUGACAUGGACGGCGCACCGGCAUGUACUACGCCUCCUCGUGCAAGCAGGCGCGUCACCCUUUGCGCGUAAUCUUGUCGGCGACAGUGCGCUCUCGUUGGUGUCGGACCCAGAGAUGCGUCAUUAUCUUCGGGCGACGGGCUAUGGGUUCCACGCGCUGUCGCGAACCGCGUGCAAUACAUCCAUGAUCGAUACCCGGGUGCUCUGGCACUUGCUGCUCCGUCUUGGGAUUGAGUACCGCCGCGGCGACCGCGCGUUCGGAGACCCCGACGUCGGAACGUGGCACACGGUGGAUGUGACGCGCCCACUGCCGUCGACAAAGUGGGACCCACCUCCCAACGAGCUUCGGCGCCGUCCAUUUCUCUACAUCCUCGCCAACAAGCUUUUGCAGCGGCCGGUCGUCGAGGCAGCCGAGGCGAACGCACCCGGCUUGCUCCAGGAGUGGUACUUGGCCAUGCACCACCAACUGCUGCGCGACCGCGAGAUUCUACCCGACAGCUGCACGCUUCCGUGUUUCGAGAUGCCCGAUUUCUGUGUCGACGUGUGUCCGAAACAUGCGAUCAUGCCGGCGUUCCACUCGUCGUUCUCCUAUGGAAGAGACCUCGCGCGAACCACCGAACACAACUUGCGCGUGGACUUGGUCGGACCGCUUCUUGGAAAGCGUCCGCCACUGGACGCAAUCGCCGAUCAAGUUGAGAAGUUAGCGGUCCUUGCCCGCGCCGCCGAAGCGCAGCUGCUACAAGUCGAGCGCAACAACGCGUCGCUCUUGCCACUCUAUGGUGUCAAGUGCUACGGGUCGGUGACCGAGGAGCUCCAAGGGGUCGAUAGUAAUCUUCUCGACGUGAUGCUGUGCAUCUACUUUAAGCUCCAGCAAGUGCGCAUGCUCGACAAGGCCAGUGAGAAGCUACCAGCGUUCAUCGCGUUGCAAUCUGCGAUCCCCACCGAGACAGCGCUCCUCCAGCGUCUCGACCGCGCAGUCGAUGACCAUAGCCGCGACGUCAAGAAAGCAUGUACGGCCACCGCAGCGGCCAAGAAGAAACUGGCCUUGUACCAGAAUGCGUACACAUCGCUCUUUACGACAAUCAAACAAGCACCCCUAUCGUCGGGCGACGCUGUCGAGAAGCUCAUUGCGACGCGCAUGCAAAAACAAGAGACGGCGCAGACGCGGCUCGAAACACUCCAGACCAUCUACAGGGACCUACUCAACGAGCAGCGCACUUGGACAAAGGACGAGUUCGCCAUCCUUGACGCGAUGCUCGUCAUCCAAACUGCCACCAUGGACACAUUGAGUGUGACCAUUCAUACCGUCGACGCCCGCCGACGGGCGCUACUGGAUGAGAUCACGCAGCGGCGUCCCGACGACCGCCUUGGGCGCCGCAACAUCAAGACGACGGCCAAGAAACUUCUGCUGCAAUUGCACGUGUUGCAUCAAACCCAUGCGGCGUGUGAGCUGUUGCUUGUGCACGAUGUGGGGGGGAGGGUCCGCCCCCCCAGCGCGUUGGCCCCCACCGCGGUGGUCACCACUAGUAGCGUCGACGACGUAGCCUCGUUGACGACCGUGAGCCCGCUCGUGUCCGAAGCACUGCAACACCACUUGCCGACGCGGGUGGUACCCCCCAAUUGCGCUAUCGCCGAGUCCGUCCUCGUGCAAGCGUACAAACGGAGCAUGAUGCUGCUGUUUGCGGAAGAGCGGCGCAUCAUCGCCAGCGACGUCGAGCGCCAAGAUGCCGACGCGGCCAAGAAGCGUGAAGUGUUUUUUGAAGCCAGCCCGGUGGCGGCCAUGCCACACGAGACCGCGACACCGACCGACGUCGACCGGAUGGACCGCACGAGGCGCGAAACGCGAUUGAUCAACACGCCGACGUUCCGACGUCGCACGAAAGCCGAGGCGCGGCCCAACCGCAAGCGCCUCGAGCUCCAGAAGGCGCGUAUCUCGAUGGUGUCCCGCGCCGCCGCGUCCGACGCCACGUCAUCGCACGACACGGAGAGCUACGACGCCGACAACGAUAGGCUCCCUACUCGGUUGGGAACGUCGGUGUCGGAUGCCUUGCUAGGCGAGCCGCGCACAAUCGAAGGCAUGCAAUACACAUUCGGCAACUUUGCAUCGCGCGCAUUUUACGACAAAGGUCCCUCGACGGCGGCGCUUGAGACGACAGCGACCGACCAAGUGGACGACGACGCGAUCGAGUCCAUUUGGCGGUCGCACGGAGAGAUUGCGAGCUUGUCGGCAGCAACAUUGGCGCUCAAAACACGCGUCUUCGAGUCUCAAACCAACACCGUCAAGGUAACCGAGACCAUGACGCACCCGACAUUGGCGCGAAGCAACUCGAGGGUGGGGCGGCGCCGGUCGCUGGAGGCCAAGCACAGCUCGUCGCUCAUCGAGGAGGUUGCCGAGGCGCCCGAGGUCGAGUUACCGGCGGUGAUCGACGUUGUCGCACCGGAUCGUGUCGAAGCGACCGCGACAAUGACCCUGGUGGCUCCACCAAAGAGUCCAGAGUCGGCGAGAUUGACAGCACCGGCGUCGCUGCCUCUAAGGGUGCCGACGCCACGAGACGCCUUAAACGACGGCGAGCAAACGCCAACCCUCUCGGCGCGAUCGAAUACCACUGACGACGACAACGGCGAGGAGGAGCCGCCGCGCACGCCCUUGAUGCUACGCAUUGGUAUGCCCCCGAUGACGCCGCCGGCGCCGCGGGUCUCGAUUUCGGCCGAACUUGGACUGACGUCGAGCGAUCUCUUGGCCAACCUCGAGAGUUUUGCUUUCUUUAGCCAAACUCUGCUGCACAAACAACAACCAUUAAAGCCUGCGAGUAGUGUCGAGCGUCCGGAGCGACCGACGCUCGGCAGCAGCCUGAGCACACCCGAGCUCGACGUGUCAGCACCGCUCUCGAGCUCGAGCUCACGUACUGAGCCGCGCAUGCGUCUGUUCCACGAGCUGGUUCAGCGGGACGACUCGAUCGUCAAGCGACACGACCCGAAGCGUCGGUGGCGCACGAAGCGUAGUGUUCCACGUCACUUGCCGGCGCUCGAGACAUCGUUUAGCCUCGACGGACGAGCGUUUGCUGCCCUUCACCAGGCACCGACGUCGUUGCCUGCGCCAAGAAGCCCGCCACGCUGCAUUCCGGCGCCAUCCAGCACCGAUCAAAGCAACAACAACAACAACAACGAGGAUGACAACAACGAGGAUGACAAGGGCAACGGCGAUGCUGACGAACACCGGACGCACUUGGCCCGCAUCGAACUGUUAUACAACCCUGAGAACGACCCGGGGCGCGCACCUUUGUCGAUGGACCAACCAAAGUACACUGUCAAGACGCUGCGGGAGCACCGACCGUUCAACGGUCCUCCAGUGGCGGACGCAGCACCGGUGCUCCCGACGCUCUCCAACGUUGUUCUCUGCGGAUCGCAGUUGCUGCCACCGACCUUGGCACCGACGUCGCUCUUCCCUUCUGUGGCUGCCGAGACGUUGCUGCAGGAGACCAUGACCAAAGACGACAAGGCGAAAGUGUGGGCUGCCUUUACGGCCAAGCCACUGCCCUCUGCGAUCCAAGCGGCGUACGCAGAGCUGUACCCGGGAACGUACCUCACGGCCACACCACUGCGGCGGGACGCGAUCAAGAUCCCGUCGAGCAUGAGCAUGCCAGAGCUACCCCGGCCAUCGAAAGGUGGAGUUGCCUCCGCUCUUGCACCCAGCCUCCUCGGGCGCAAGUCAGCCGAGAUCUGCUUUUGGCAAGCUGUCGAAGGCUUCAAGUCCAUUCGCGACGAGUCGAUUCAUGGCCUUGUGCUCGCACCGGCCAAGGUGCGACGGAAACGUCGCAGUGUCGAGAUCGCCCACGAGUUUUUGACGCCGCAGAGUCCGCAGGCACUGCACUGGAUCCUUCUCGAGUACCCGGACGUGAUAGCAACGAUCGAACAGCUCGUGCAAGGCGAGACCGUGCCCGCAACGACUUUUAACGAGCUCCAGCGCGCAGUUGAGCGUCGGUUGGCGAUGGCCCACGCGCCGAACCCCCUCGAUGACAAUAUCUCGGCCUUGUUAUAGUACCUCCACGCGUGUGUAAAAUAAAUGUUGAACACAUUCAUAGGGUG